CUCUCUCUCUCUCUCUCUCUCUCUCUAACACACACAAACAUUGAAAACAUAUGUUUAAGAGGGAGGUGGGCCCCAUGUCUCCGAGCAACUCCACCUCUACCAAGGGUAAUGCUAGUGUCUCGCCGGCAGAGAAUGGAUUUAUCGAUUCUUUCUCUAUGUUGAAUUCGGAAAAAUCGGUGGAGGAAAUUAUUCAACAGCCUCUUCUCCAUGGAAUUGACGAUCAUCUGAUCGAGUUCUCCGAGGCUCUGAGAACUGUUGCAAAGGCACUGAGAAGGGUCACCGAAGGUAAGGCUUCUGCUCAAGCCGAAGCUGCGGAAUGGAAGCGUAAAUACGAACUCGAGAGACAACGCAAUCUGCAGUUGGAGCAAAAUGGGGGUGAUUGUACUGACGGGAGAGGCGGAAAUCCGGAGGACAGAACCGUAAUUUCAGAUGAAAAUAGUGAUCAAUGUGAGUUGUGCUGUGGUAAAGACGAUAUCUCCGCUCAAGAGGUUCUUCGAGACGGUGAACCUGAUUCGAACCCCUCUUCCGUCCCAAAUAAGAUGAUGAGAAAGGCAUCGUUUAAGCUGUCAUGGUACUGCAAGGGCGAAAAAUGCGAUCGCCACAAACACGACAUCGUGUCGUUUGAGAAGGGUAAUAUAACAACUGCCGAGCGGAGCAGUAAACAGAUUUCUUUGAAGUGGGAAUCACCCCCUCAAACCGUGCUUAUAUUGACCAAGCCGAAUUCUACUUCGGUUAGAAUUCUAUGUCUCGAAAUGAUCAGAUGGUUGAACGAGCAGAAAAAGUUAAAUAUAUACGUGGAGCCACGAGUGAAGUCCGAGCUUUUGACAGAAUCUUCGUACUAUAGCUUUGUACAAACCUGGCAAGACGACAAGGACGUGCUCCUCUUACAUACAAAGGUUGACCUCGUUGUAACUCUGGGCGGAGAUGGAACUGUUCUUUGGGCAGCGUCUAUGUUCAAAGGUCCCGUUCCGCCGAUCGUGCCAUUCUCUUUAGGCUCUCUUGGUUUCAUGACUCCGUUUCACAGCGAACAUUACCGACAGUAUCUCAGUUCGAUCCUAUGUGGUCCUAUAAGUAUCACGUUAAGGCAUCGUUUGCAGUGUCAUAUAAUCCGUGACGAGGCUAAGAGUGAGUACGAGAACGAAGGUCCAAUGCUUGUCUUGAAUGAGGUGACGAUCGACCGUGGAAUUUCGUCUUUCCUCACAAAUCUAGAAUGCUACUGCGACAACUCGUUCGUGACGUGCGUACAGGGUGAUGGUUUGAUUCUGUCGACGACAUCUGGCAGCACAGCAUAUUCCCUUGCAGCAGGAGGGUCAAUGGUUCAUCCUCAGGUACCUGGGAUUCUGUUCACACCAAUAUGCCCGCACUCGUUGUCGUUUAGGCCGCUGAUAUUGCCGGAGCACGUGACAGUGAGAGUGGUGGUGCCGCCCAGUAGCCGCUGCCAGGCGUGGGUGUCCUUUGAUGGAAAGGGCCGGAAACAGCUAGGCCCCGGCGAUGCGCUCGUAUGCAGCAUGGCACCUUGGCCAGUCCCCACUGCUUGCCAAUCAGAUUCCACUACCGAUUUCUUACGGAGCAUCCACGAUGGUCUUCACUGGAAUCUUAGGAAGACUCAGUCCUUCGAUGGGCCCCGUGAUCCUUAAAUAUCCUUAUUUAAUUUGUAGUGUCUUAUAUACACAUAUUACAAAUAUGUUUCGAUAUAUAUAGAGGUUAUUUAUAUAAUUAAUUGAGUGAACAUAUGAUCAAUUAAUCUUGGUGAUCUGGGUAAUUAAUUAGAUGAAGCAAAAUAUAUUAAUAAUUAUGUUUUUUUUAGGGACGAAUAUUAUGAUAUUAGAAGUUUAAAUUGUUUUAUAGGAUGAUAUAUGUAGUAGGUGGAACUGAUAUAUGUUAAAUCGAGUGAGAUGAAGAUUUUAGGGGCCAUUGUGCAACUUUUUGUAGUU